AUGGCCAUGAAGAACUCUAAUCUCGUCGCUCUAUGUGUAUUUUGCUACGGCACAGCCCAAGUUCUCCCGAGGGUGAUUCUAUUAAUGGCCACACAAGACAUUUUGGCAGGAACAUUGAUCCAGUCCGGCAUUGAGAUCAUACUCUUCAAUUGUUCGGACACGCUCGCUAGAGUAUGCAGUCCCUGUUUGAUAAGGAAGAUCUCAUUUCUCAUCACUAUUAUUCUCGCUGGCUUGUUUUGGUUUAUAGCAUACGCAUUAUUCCUCGCAGCUGACGAUGUGGUGGUUAGACUUGGUGGAGUGUGCAUUUUUGGUAUUGGAAAUGGCUUGGCUAAUUCUGUACUGAUGCUGCUGUUGGGCUACUAUGAUGAAAUAGAUAAGAACUCGACUGCAUUCAUCUUGGGACAGAGUAUGUCGAACGUAUUGGGAGCAUUUCUUUACACUGGUUCAACAGUGUGGCAAUGCGUUUCACCUCGAACCACCAUCGCCUUCUUAUUACCACUUGGAUUUUUGAUAAUGAUUUUCUAUGGAAUACUGAACCAUGGCCCCUUGAAGAAAUACCAAAAACACGAACACAAAGAUAGUCGUGAGUACGAACCAUUAUCCUUAGAGGAAACGCAGCCCGACAAACAAGAUCAAUUGCAGUCAAGCGACCAUCUUCAAUUCUUUUUGAAGGUCUUCCCAUUAGCAAGCUAUGCGUUCGUCGCUUUUUUUACCUUUUAUUUGUGCGUCAGUGCGGUGCUUACUACCCUGACCUUCCCAUCAGCAUCAUUCCGUGUUCGCGACCAUUACCAGUACUACAGAUUUACUAGCAGCAUUGGACGAAUGUUUGGAGGAAUCGAGUUGAUGUUGGCUUCACGUCUCUGUCCCAAGCUCAGCAAUUUUGUCUGUCGGAAUAUCUGGGUUCUUGUCCUGGUUCAUAUAGGUCAUCUGAUAUUUUUUCUCUUUGCCUCAUGGAAUCAUUUCGUCCCAAGUGUUUAUACAAUAUUGGUGUUAUGUGUUACUCUUGGCAUUUCAACAUCGUCCAUCACGGUGCGAGCACUUUCCUCUGCCGCCGAAUGCUUUGCCAAAUCACGUGACAAAGGCACGGCGUUGGUGAUCACUGCGGUCGGCUGUGCAAUGGGUCGACUUGCUGCAGGGCUUCUGGGUAUUUUUGUAGAAGAUUACUUUCGACGACACUGUACUAACCAGCUUUUGAUGGGGAAAUUCUGUUUGGCAAGAUUUCCUUACACGGCUGGUUGGAACAAGAAUUUAGACUGCAUUUAA